UGUGUGUAAGUGUGUUUGGUCACAGCCCAUCUGCUGAUCCACUCUGGGGAGAGUUUUGCUCAGAUGGCAAACUGACAGCAGGACAACACACAGGAGCUCACAGGAUUAAACCACAAACCAACCAGGUUUCAGCCUGUUUUAAUGACUUUUAAAAAUAUUUUUCAACUUCUCUGAAAAAAAGAAGAAGGAAAUGCUGUUUGUGUGGAAAAAAACUUGCUUUUCUUUCUGAGGGCGGCUGAGAGACACGGAGUGAGAGAGGGAAGAAUGAAUAGGAGUGAGCUAACAGGCUAAUUAGCCGCGUUAGCUUCGAGAACUCAUGUCAAGCCUGCGCGUUCAGACUUUCAGACCGUUUUUUUUUUUAGACAACCAAAACGAGUUUUGUUGUCGUUUAUGUUGUUAAAAAAUAUUUUAAAAUUCGAGUUUUGUUCCCAAAGACUAAUAAAUUCGCCUUGAAAUGCGGAGCUGUGUGGAAAUCUUGUGUUUUUUUUUUUGGUUUGUUUAAAGUUUGAAGUAGUAUUUUGAAACCCAUCUGAGGCUGUUUUGAUUUAAAUGAUGCUGCAAGACCUGGGAAUUGUAAACAUCAGCGUGUGUUACUAUAUAGUGAACCUGUUCUGAGAUUAAAGCUGAGGACGUUCAUCCUAGAGAUUUACCUUUCUGCAGACAACUUCAUCUUGUCCAGCGAUGGCAAAAACACACAUGGGCUUACUGAUAUGAUGUCUGCGCAGUAAAGUCUGCGCAGGCUUGCUCUGUGGCCUGCUCGCCAUGCUGGCCCUGGGAGUAGACUAUGGCAAACCGGGAGGCAGAGGAGGAAGUGGAGGUGGAGGAAGAGCAGCAGCUGCAUGCCAGUUGUCUGGUUCAGGGAGAGUGUUGGCACGGGAGUCUGGCGUCUGUAUCAAGCAGAAGAUCUCGCAGUGGGAGGGACUUAGCCAGCAGGAGGAUGCACAUGGAGGGAAGCCCAAAGUCCAGGGCACCCCUGUGUCACCUGCUCGCUCGGCAGAUAUAAGAAAUGGCUUUCUGUUGGACAAUAAAACCGAUGGACUACACGCGAAGGCUAAUUUGUCCACAGCCAAAACCCUGGGUUUGGAUUUCAGGGAAACCCAUGCUACUCACGAACAGCACACAGUGGGACAGAAAUCCGAUCCCGAGCACAACCGGCCUCUUUUAAACGAAAGCGUCAUCUCGACUCCUAGAACCAAAUCAUCACCAGGACUAACACGGACUCUGCAUCCCGUAAACAAACCGGACGCUUUAAAGCGGAAAUGCGACACCGCGGACCACGUCACGGACAGCGAUAUGGUAUCCCUGCCUGACGAUGACGAAGAUCCCGAGGAUACCCUGCCCCCCGGGAACUUCUACACCUCUCGAGGCUUUUGGAGGAAACUGGAGGGAGAGGACUCACCCUGGAAGAAGGAGAAAGAUCCCACACCCGUGUCUAAACACCUGACCUCAUCCACUGCAGGUGCUGAAACGAGCCUCCCGAAUACCGUCACACCUCCCCCUAAACCGCAACGCACGUUCCAGUACCAAGGGGCCAACAACCCACCUGUGUAUUCGGUUUCUCCUGUGAGCCAACCAAAACAGCUCAGAACGCCUGGUGUCAUUUGCCCACCCAAUGUCCCGCCUCCACCUUGUCCUGCCGCCACUAGCAAUGGCAUUUCCAGAAACAGAAAGAACAGGAAGUCGUUCGAAUUCGAGGACGUGGUGCGCUGGACGGCUCAGCAGGGGUCCAGGGAGACGGAGUCACGCCGCUCGGGGCUGUACCACACCCGGUCACAGGACAGCGUCUACGAAGACAUCAUCUCGGACGUAUUGCGCGAGAACCCUUAUGAAGACAUCAAAGUUUCUCCGAUGUGCAUCCCCAUUAUGCGGUCCAGGAACUGGACCGUCACGCAGAGACGGACACCGUGCACCCCAAAGCUGCCUCCAAAACCCCUCACGCUUCGAGUCAACGCUGACCGACUGCAAGAAGUCUACAAGCAGUCUGCCAUGCCAAACUUCCAAUCCUCUAACCUGGGCACACCUAGGCCGCCAGCGACAAAGCCAGUCGCCGCCUACAGAACGCAGCGCCAGCCUCAGUAUGUGAGCCGGAUCGAAGAGAUUUUCCAGGCCAAGAGAGGGAAAAAAAGAGUGAAAAACCAGACAAGUGCCAGCAGAGAUGAAUUGAGUGGAACAGAGAGCGAUCCUGAAGAGAUCACUAAAAAAGGUGGCUCCCAGCGCCUGGUGUACGUGCAGUCCACUCUGAAGAGGAGACCAGGGUAUCGUACUUUGGAAAGAGAUCUCAUCCAGCUGCAGCAGCAGCAACUCUUCCAGCUGUUUGUCGUGGUGUCACUUAGAAAACGUUCCCCUGGAAAUACGUACUACCCCGAGAUCACGCAGCAGUUCCCAACCAAGUUUGAGAAGACUUCACGGAUGUCUCGUGAGACCGAGGAUCGCUUAAAAGCCAUUCCUAAUUUCUGCUUCCCAGAUGCUCAGGACUGGAGACCAUCUGCAGACAUCAACAGUGAAACCUUUUCAUUUGUCCUGACUGGAGAAGACGGGACACGAUGGUUUGGUUACUGUCGGAAAAUCUUGCCCUGCGGAAAGGGGAAGAGGCUGCCCGAAGUUCACUGCAUCAUCAGCAGACUCGGGUGCUUCAAUUUGUUUGCAAAGAUCCUGGAGGAGGUAGAGAGGAGGAGGGAGAUCUCACCUGCGCUGGUCCACCCGUUCAUGCGCAGCGUCAUGGAGGCGCCGUUUCCUGCCCCGGGACGCACCAUCACUGUGAAGAGCUUUCUGCCGGGCUCUGGCAAUGAGGAGCUGACUCUGUGUCGGCCGGUGGACUCGCGACUGGAGCACGUGGAUUUCGAGAGUCUGCUGCAGUGUCUAAGUGUGAGCACUCUGCUGCAGGUUUUCGCCUCUCUGUUGCUGGAGAGGAGAGUCAUCUUUAUCGCAGAUAAACUCGGCACCCUGUCUCGGUGUGCACACUCGGCUCUCGCUCUGCUCUACCCCUUCAUCUGGCAGCACACCUUUGUCCCCGUGCUGCCCGCCAACAUGCUGGACAUUAGCUGCUCUCCGACUCCCUUCGUCAUGGGAGCGCUGUCUCCAUCUCUGGACCAGCUGCUGGAUUUGCCCAUCGAAGAGGUGCUUAUUGUGGACCUAUGUGCAGACAAGUUUGUUGUGCAGAUGGGGGAUGAGGACUGCAUCCUCCCUAGCAAGCUUCAAGCAGCCCUGCAGGAAGUCCUGGAGAGUCGGGAGGAGAUGCUCGAACACUGCAGCGAGGACAGGAAGGAAGACGAAUGCAGCCUGAGCGCUUUGGUGUCCGAAGCGUUCGUGCGACUCUUCGUGGAGCUUGUGGGCCAUUACCCGCUGCACAUCAACGAGACGGGAUACAACGGCGUCCGCGAGCUCAACAGGGAAACCUUCAGAAAGUCUCAUCCGUCCAGAGGCGUGCGCCAGUUCCUCCAGCUGUUCAUGGACACCCAGAUGUUCGCCGGCUUCAUUCAGGACCGAGAGCUCCGCAAGGGGGGAGUCAAGGGCCUGUUUGAAGUCCGAGCAGCGGAAUAUCUCGCCUCCUGUCCCGAGCCUGAACCCAGCGGAGUCAACAAAUUUCUCAAGGGACUCGGGAACAAAAUGAAGUUCUUACAGAAAAAGUGAGGGAUUGCCUAAGCAGAGGGGGGAAGAGCAGCGGUGUGUGUGUGUGGCGUGCCAAGCAGGAUAGAUUGCUGAGAGGGAGAGCUGUGAGUCACCGCAGAAGUCAUUUGACUCUGAGAAAAACUGGACCAGCUGGGUGGAGACGAGAUCGAGCCUGGACUAGACUCUGGUUGAGAGCGCCUGUGCAAUGUGUAAAGAUUAAAAAGUGAAAAUGGAGUAUUAUUUUUUAAUUAUUAUUAUUAUUGUAAAGAACAGACAGACUGAAUUUAAAGCUGGGAGAAAAGUGAGCUGAGACUUCAGACUUGAUUACAGGACGAUGCAGCAUAAUGAAGUAGUUCUUUUUUUUUUUUAUAUACUAAUCUUGAUCUUUUGAUCUGUUCUGUAACUGUUGGAAAAUAAAACUGUUCAUUUAGUACUAAAUGACCGGUUAGGAAAGUAUUUUCUUUUGACCUUUUAAAUCAAUGCUUUCCAACCUGAAAAAUGGUAUUUCAAAGAAAUACAAUUGAUACGAAAAGGUGUUUUUCAUCUUUUUCAAAAUUAAUGUAUUUAUAAAUGUUAUAAUGAUGAUAAUAAUUAUAAUAAUAAUAUCUCUGAGACACACUGAUCAUACUUGUUUUCAUAAUUGUCCAUAUUUGUUUUUUACCUUUUCGUAUUCUUUUUUUUUUUUUAAUCCAAGUGUUUGUAAAUAAAUUGUACAAAACAUUUUUUUAAAGAUGCUUUUACGUGUUAUAUAGGUUUACAUAUAUGAAUCGCUCUGCGUAACAACCAUAAAUUGUUCUGCUAUAUGUUUAAAUAAAAUGCCUUUA